AUGAAGAGAUUUUCCAUCUUUCGGAGUGGCUCUCGGAGGAAUGUCACCCAAGACCUUGUUUCCGAAGAUGACAAACGAGAGAUGGAAUUAGAAGAAGAACGAAAACUCAUUGAUGAAGCAACCAUCACGAGUAGUCAUUCCAUUUAUCAAGAAAUUCUCUCUUUAUAUCAAAAGCAAUGUGAAAAUCAUUCCGAAAAAUCAUUCUUCAAUUGGUUCUGUGGUUCUGAGAAAAUUCGAGUCAUCAAACCCAUUCAGGACGAAUUAUUGACACUCGAUGAACAAAUACAUUUGAAAGAAUGUUUAGAAAAAUUGCGUGACAUUUCUACACAAUUCCAUCCUUUGAGUGAAGAGACACUUCAAGUGUUAGCUCAUAAUCGAAUAAUUCCUGAACGAUUCUUUCACAUUUUCUUUAACCCACACAUUUUAGAACAUGCAAUUAAUGUGAAAGGAUUGAAACCCUACAUGAAAGUGAGAUUGUUGUUUAAACAAGUGUCGAAUGGAAAAUUUGGAACCUUUGAUUCAUGUUUGUUGGUGGGUUGUUGGCGUUUGGAAUGGGACGAAAAAUCAUCUUUGGUUUGUGUGAGACAAUUUGACACUUCGAGGUUACAUUUUGCAAUAGAUUUGGAGCGAUUUACAAAUGAAGAAAAGAUUGUAGAGUCUUUGAAAAUCAUUUCUAAUGAAUGUUGUGUGUGGAAUGGAACAAAAAAGUAUGACGUGAAAUCAUGCAACGCUCAACAUUUCGUUCUACACAUUCUAGAGAAAAUAGGAGUUAAUUUAGAUCAAUCUCUGAAAGGAUUAAGCAAAAUAUAUUUCAAUUCACUUUUACAAAAUGGCACAGGAACAACAGAAAUUGAACUCACACAAGAAUUGAAACAACUAUUGAACUCGAACACAUCAAACGUUUCAUUUCACAAUCACAAAGCAUUGGAUCUCUUUCUAGAAAAUAUAAGCACAAAAAAUCCUUAUUACUUUCCUCAAAAUACAUGUGAUCAAAUGCUACUGAAAUGCUUUGAUGAAUGCUAUUGGUUAAGCCUGCAUCAAUCCAAUAAUGGAGCUGAAUUUAAUUUCACAAAUUGUUCGGAGAGAGAUCGACCACUGAUGAAGGAUCAAACCAAUGAAUGUCAAUGCCAUUUCAAUAUGAAUCCCACCACGUAUGGAGACUAUGUGGCAAGUGGAAUGACCAUUAAUAAUGUCCUGUGUUCACAAAAAUUAAGUCCUCCUUUUCCACUUCGAAGGAAGAAACAAGAACCUUCGACUCCAGAGGGACUCUCUCAAUAA